CGACCCGGAAGCGGAAGGGAGUCCGUCUCUUUUCUCUGUCCAUUGCGUUUCUCCUGCGUUCGUUGCUUCUCCCGGGAGCGGUUCCGAGGGGCUGUUCGCAGAGUGCGGUGCUCUGAGGUCUCCGAGCUGCUGCGGCCAUGGCGGAUGUGACCGCCCGUAGCCUGCAGUACGAGUACAAGGCGAACUCGAAUCUUGUGCUCCAAGCUGACCGCUCUCUCAUUGACCGGACCCGCCGGGAUGAACCCACAGGAGAGGUGCUGUCCCUGGUUGGGAAGCUGGAGGGCACCCGGAUGGGAGAUAAGGCUCAGCGGACCAAACCGCAGAUGCAGGAGGAAAGAAGAGCCAAGCGAAGAAAACGUGAUGAGGACCGGCAUGACAUCAACAAGAUGAAGGGUUAUACUUUGCUGUCAGAGGGCAUAGAUGAGAUGGUGGGAAUUAUCUAUAAGCCCAAAACUAAGGAGACCCGAGAGACCUAUGAGGUGCUGCUCAGCUUCAUCCAGGCUGCUCUUGGGGACCAGCCACGUGAUAUCCUUUGUGGGGCAGCUGAUGAAGUUCUAGCUGUCUUAAAGAAUGAAAAGCUUCGGGACAAGGAGAGACGAAAGGAGAUUGACCUGUUGCUGGGUCAGACAGAUGAUACCAGAUACCAUGUGCUAGUAAACUUGGGGAAAAAGAUCACAGACUAUGGUGGAGAUAAGGAAAUCCAAAAUAUGGAUGACAACAUUGAUGAGACCUAUGGUGUAAACGUGCAGUUUGAAUCUGAUGAGGAGGUGAGCAAUUAAGCAAGUGGACUAACUCAUUUUUUUAAUUGUUAGGUGAUAGGACCCCUUUUAGAGUAAAGAGGUCCCCUAGCUUAAGCCAGAUAG